CCCCGUGCAAAACCCCUCCCAAGUCCGAAGUCUCCAUGCUCCGCCGCAUCGCGGCCCUCCGGCCGCCGCCACCGCCGCGUGCGGCCGCUUCUGUGGGGGCGGGGGCGGCCACCUAUUCCUCCAAGUCCACCUCCAUCCCACAGAAGCAGCAGCGCGUCCGCGACCACGCUUUCGACGGCAUCAUGGAGGUCCAGAAGCGCGUCCGCCGCUUCCACGCCCUCCACUCCCUGCUCCUCUACGCCGCCGCCCCGACCGCGGCCUCCCGCGGCGGCGGAAGCGGCACUGUGUCCGUCCCCUUCACCCGCCUCGGCGCCCUGGCGCGCCGCCAGCUCCGCCUCGCGCCCCUCGACGCCGGUCGCUUCCUCCUGCGCCACGCGCACGCCUUCCACCUCUUCCUCCACCCCGUCCACCGCAUGCUCCACGCCCGCCUCACCCCGCGCGCCGCCGCGGCGCUCCGUGCCGAGGCCGAGGCUGUCGCCGCCGCCCUCCCUUCCGCGUCCAUCAUCCGCCUCCGCAAGCUCCUCCUCCUCGCGCCCCCGCACCGCCGCCUCCGGCUCGAGCACAUCCACCUCCUCCGCCGCGACCUCGGCCUCCCCGAUGAUUUCGCCGAAUCCGUUAUCCAGUCCAACCCCUCCCUCUUCCGCCUCACCCCCGACGGCUUCGUCGAGUUCCUGCCCUCCCCCACAGACCCGCCCGACCUCAGCGUCGCCGCGGUCGAGCGCGCCCGGGAGCGCCACUACCGCGAGCACCGCGCACCCGGCUCUGGCGAGGAGGAUGCGCGUUUUGCGUUCCCCAUCCGCUUCCCGCCAGGGUUUAAGAUCGGCAAGUACUUUCGGAUUGCUGUCUGGAAAUGGCAGCGCCUCCCCUAUGCGUCACCCUACGCGGACGUCUCGGGACAUGACCUGCGCUCACUUGAGGCUCAACGCCGCAUGGAGAAGCGAGCGGUCGCUGCCGUCCAUGAGCUGCUCUCGCUCACUGUCGAGAAGCGCACUACACUGGAGCGCCUUGCACUGUUCCGGGAGGCACUUGGUGUGCCCAAGAAGAUCAAGGAGUUCUUGCUUAAGUAUCAGGGCAUAUUUUACAUAUCCACCAGGGGAAAUCAGGGGAAGCUGCAUACAGUGUUCCUGAGGGAGGCAUAUUACAAGGGGGAACUUGUUGAGCCAAAUGAGAUACACGAGGCAAGAAGGAAGUUGGAGGAGCUGCUCAUGAUCAGCCCACAGAAGGCGAAUUUGGACCGGAUGUUCACCAGCAUGGGUCGUGGAUGGGAUGAGCUUGGUGGUGGUCGCCAUGGUGGAGCUGAAUUGAGGGACGAGUUUCUUAGGGAUGGAGGUGGCCAGAAAAAGCAUGCUGAUACUGAUGGUGCUGAUAGUGGGGAGGACUCGAGCGUUGAAUCACUCUACAUUGAUUGAGGAAUAGAAACAUAUGGUGGCAUUGGGCAUCAACUUGGAAGGGAACAGUCACUGCCCCCAUUUGGGGAAAGGUUAACUUCAUGUAUUGGUAACAUCACCUCGGUACCAUGAUUUGGGUUGAUCUGAUUGGAAGUCUCCAAAAGGAGCAGAGUCUAAGGUGAAAACUGAUGGCACCUUGAGUAAAGUGACAGCAGAACUGGGGGGAAGUGAAGACCCUAUGUGCUAUAAUGCUUGGAUGGCUCCUCCCCUUGCACUCCAUCAUGUGAAGACAGAUUUCAGGAGAAGAACACCUUUCAGAACUCAGAGCUUAUGCUUCUAAGCUUAAUUGGUUAAGUGCUUAUUUAUGCAUCACCGUUCAGUUGAUUUGUAUGUUCAAAGCCCAUUGGAAUAGCUGUUUACUGAGCAAGUCUAACCUGAUUGUGAGGUCCAGUAGAAGAAAGGCUCAGCUCUUGGCUGCUAAUAGUUCAUCAGCUAAAUGAUGCUCAAACUUCGUUUUAAUAUGCGAAACUGCAGAAGAUUGAAAUGCACAGAACGGCCCACGUUGUGCAUGAUCCAGAUGACGCAUCAAGGUCACUUUCCUUUUCUUUUGUCUCUCUUUUCUUUUUGAAGAAUUACAUCAAGGUUGCUUUCGCUCCAUCUAAUUCUACUAAUAAUUUGCAUUCCUAUCUACAUCACAGCGUUGUUUUCAGUUUUGGAUAUCUCUCUUUGCGCCUUCAGUUUUCCUAGUUCCAUUAUUACCUCUUAUGUGGGAAUGUUCAAACAUACCUUUACUUUUCUGCACCAAUUAUGCAGUGUCUUGUUAGAGUGUCUCAUGCAUAGCUAAUCACAUUUCUGGAAGAGAUGUGCCAUGUGUUCUGCACAAUAACCAUCAGUUGUGGUGGAGCUUCAUAUAUGUUUCCUAUACUAGCUGGAUUCUUUUGGGGUGACAGGUAUGUUGGCAUCACAAUUAAGAGCUAAUGGACGUUGUAGGCAGGCUUGUUUGGUGUGGUUUAGAGUAACUGCCGUCGCUGCUGAGCCUCCGCAAUUAGGUGGCUUGGAUUGAUCCACGGCUCGCGUUGCACAAGCCUACCCAUCAUUUGAGGUGAUUCAAUGGCAUUAGGUGCAUCGCUGGAUCUCUACUCCGCUGAGUGCUACGGUUCAACAACCUUGGGUCGCUUGGUUGCUGUUAUCUGUGAAAUGAAAAUGAAUAUGUGAUCACACGCAGGCUCUGAUCUGGGAUGGAUCAGGUAGCUGACGCCGAUGCCUCCGUACCAUUUGUUCUGAGGUCAAGGAGGCCACGACUUGAACGUCAUGGGAGCUCCAGAAAUUUUUAAACAGCAGACCAGUGGAUUUUGGUGUUACCGGCGUCAACCAAAUCUGAUGUAACUAGUGCUGAAUCUUCUUGUUCGUCCGUGAAGAAAUGGAACUCAGACAAGCUGCUCGUCCAUAGCUCCAUGACUUUUCCCAACCGGCCGGUCCCAGGCAGUGAGUGAGCAAUCCUCGUGCCCACGGCCGUCAGAUCGAGCAGUCUGGUGCGGCGGUACUCCAUCGUAUUCCAGGCGUCCGAGUAGCGUGUUGGACUGCAACUGGUCAAGGCUGCAUUUGUAAUUGCAUUUGCUACCGCUGAUGCUGCGCGCGGUCCCGGUGCACGCCGGAUUGUUGAUGUUUGCCUUCGUGAGUGAACGUCCAUUGCCGUGGACGCGCACUGGAGUGGAGCUUGCGAAGCUCCUGUGCAUGGAUCUAGUGGCGAUUUGUAUAAAGCUUGGAACUACUGUUUGUGAACAGUUCUCAUGCGAAUGUUUUUUCUUUUCCCUUUGUCCUCGCCUCCUCGGG